UCUUUUGUUAACCUAGCAUGUUAAAUAAAGCCAGCCAACAAGAGCUAGUGACCAGUUAAACGCGGGAGUCUGUUUAGUUAGAAUAGCUAGUUUUGUAACAUGUUAUCUUGUGUCGUUUAUUGUACCCAGCUCAGUGAUUUAUGUGAUGCUAACGCCUCUCCGUCGCUGAUGCAACGUUGUGCAUUUUUUGCCUCGCUGAUCAUUACACAACCGGCUCAAUGAAACUCGUUAAUAGACUGGCUCGAUAAUCUGCCACAGUUGUAAAACGAGUUUGUUGAGCUGACAAAUAGGCGUGAACCACACAAAACCAAGAUGAUGCUUCAGGAUGGAUCAACCCAGCUUCUCUGCCUCACGGCCAGCAGCGGUGUUCCUCUUUUCACAAGAGGGGCCUCCAAACAGUUGCCCUUCUCUGUCAUCGGUUCCUUAAAUGGCGUUCACAUGUUCGGAGGAGGACAGGGAGUAGUGUUAUCCUGUUGUGAAACCGAGGGUGGAGGCAAGGUGGUGUGGAGAGUUUUCCAAGACAGUGUGAUGCUCAUUGCUGUAAGUGGGCCAUGCAACAAUAAAGAUGAUGACAUCCGUCUACAACGGCUUCUAGAGAAUGUGUGGAACUGCAUGGUGCUAGUGUUAGGGCAGGAUGAGCUGGCAAAUUUCAGGAAUGUUGAAAGGCUGAAGAAGGACUUGCGGUCUUGCUUCAGCCUCAUUGAUCAGCUGCUUGAAGAGAGUCAAGGGGGUAUCUUGGGAAACCUUACACACUGUGCUGAUUCACUGCUGCCGCCAAACUCUGCUCUUCUCCAAGAGGCGGUGGAUGGAUUUGCUCAAGCUGUUGACAGCGAGUUUGGUUGCCUCAUUGUCCAUGGGCGGAUAGCUACAGCGACUGAGAAGUGGUGGCGCCUGGCACCGCAAGAAGUUGUCCUGCUUUCUGCUUUGAUACGUUCCCUCUCUGCAUCUGGAUCAGUCUCUUGUGAUUACCCAGUUUUCCUUCCCCAAGGUAGCCCCACUGUGGCCCAUCGCCUGCUCCGCUUCCAGCUGCUACCUGGAGCAGAUGUGUGUGUUCUGUGCGGUCCCACACCUUCCCUGCACAGAGCCCAGACUGAGCUGGUGGGUUGUUUCUGGUCACCUCUGGUGGAGACCCUCAGAGACUGCCUUGCUGUUGGAGAGCGCUGCUUACCAGGAUCUGUUACCCUGCGGCCUGAUGUAUUGGCACUUCUUCUCAUAAACCGUGAAACUCGCCGUUCAGUCUCUUGUGUGCACACUUCCACUUAUCAUCCACUUAAUGACCCUUUACUCUCUACGUCCCGCCGCUGGGAACUACUGAAGCUCUUCUAUAUCUUCAGCAUAUCACGCUACUUCACCCAGGAUGAGACUUUAUGUGUCUCCCCUGAGGAGAAGGCCCAAAGAGGACACACUGAUGAGUUCCUCCUUGGAUUCUCCCACCAGCCUCAGCAGUGCUAUCUCGUUACAGAAGAGUGCAAAAGCUAUGGACUUCAGACCCAACAGCAUCAGCUCUUUCUGCUUCUAUUACCAUCUGUGCCCACCUUUGCACUGCGUUCAGUAGCUACACAGACUCUCUCUGAUAUAAUUUUAGCCACAGGGUUUUAAUUGAAUUGAAGAGUUAGAUUAAACAUUUUCACUUUGGUUAAAUCUACAGUGUUUGACUUAUUAAUAGUGUAGGGUAGUAGGAGAACAGCUAGUAUUCACUAUUGUGGAUUUACAGGGGAUGUUUUCAUUUUUCUUGAUCACUGGCUGCAAUUUAAACACUUUUAAAUAUUGAAAAACAAAUCCAGAAGCCAAAAUAUCAGCUUCUAUCUUAGCAUCUUUUGAGAAAAAAAAGAAAGGUUAAAUUGCAAUGGUAGUAGAAAACAGAAAGUUGUUAAAGGUUUUAACAAUGGUUAUUUACACACAGCUGCUACACUGCUGAAAAUAUGAAAACACGUGAAAGUGCUUUAAUGCUUGUUUUUCUUUUAAGCCAGGCAUUAAAUUAGUGUUGUGCCUUUAAGACUAACUAUACAGUCUUCCAAACUUGUUUUACAGUACUAAAAACUGGUAAGACUUGACAAAUACUCAGAGUUCACUGUAAUAAUUUAUCUAAAAUGUAUUUGACAAUGUGAAGUUGUCACACUGGGAUCAAUAAGGGCCUGCUGUUUGUUGUUUUGGUAGUUUUAUCAAAUGGUUUGAAAAUUGGUUGACUACACUGGUCUGCCUGCGUUCCAUACCUGCUAAACAUCUUGUAUGUCACAAAACAAAAUUCAGGAAAGACGUACCAAACAAGCAGGUGAAAUAAUAAGUAAGAAUUCGGAAACGGAUUACCUUUCAAGUGAUGUAACUGCGGUAAACUUGCCUCUGUCUGCACUUCUUUUGAAAUGUGUUGAAAUCUAUUUCAAAAUGUAUACCUAAAAACAGCUUUUAACAUUUCAUAUGUUGUCUUUGUUGUA